GUCAAUGUUCAACGUUUUUCCUCGUUCUUAGAUCUCAGUUCUUCUCACUCUUUGCUUCUCGAGCUCAGCAAUGGCGGAAAGCCGGUGUGGCUCCGAGGCUUUGCUGGCGAUGCCGGAGGAUGUCCUCGCGAUGAUCUCCUCGUUGCUGCGUGCGCGAGAUCUCUGCGCGCUGGCGCAGACCUGCCGUGCGCUCCACCGCGCCAUCACCUUGUCUGAGAAGUGCUGGCUCGCCCAAUGCCUCAUCCUACCGACGUCUCCUCCGCCCCAUCUCCUACCUGUAUGGCGUGUAUCCUUCCCCUCCUAUCUCUUGCUCUUCCGCUUCGUUCUCUCUCUCUCCCCUCUUCUCGGUCUCUGGGCUCACCAGAACCCCGAGCUCGGUAACGCCGUGCUCGCUCUCUGGGGUCAUCUUCCUUCCCUCCUUGCCUUCCGGAUUAUCCCCCAAGAACUCCCAUCUCUUGGCCUUGAAUCGGGACCUCUUCUCUUCGCCCCCGUCUUUGAGAUCCUCCCCAAUCCGCAGGACUGCUUGAGUCCCCCUCUAUUUUUUCUCCACGGCGCCGGCGACUCCGUUCACCCGGGAUCCGUCUCCAUGGUUCAUCCCGAUUCCAACGUCCUCCUCCUUGAAGUCGAUGCCCAGAGCCAGAGUCCGUCCCCCCCGGGUUUCGUUCGCCUUUCCUUCGGUGACCGCCGGCGGGUUCUUGAUUUUGUUGCUAAGCGAGUUCGGAUCGCGGUUCCCCCCAAUCUGGCUUCCGCGCCGAUGCUUCGGCACCGUGACGAGGACGAUUCGUUGCUGCAGAUGCGGAUGUCUUGGCUUCUUGACACGCAUAAAGCUCACAAUGGCCGGAUCGAUCGGUGCGUUGCAGAGUCGAAUUUGAGCGGGGUUGGUCGGAAAGCGUCGGACGAUUCCGAGGUUGCCGGCAACUGGAGGAGGAGACAGCCAGGAUUUCUCCAUGGCUGGGUAUUUUGGGUUGAUGAGCUUUUAGGAAAGUCCAGGUCUUUGAAUGGAACCAAGACUAGCUCCAUGAACAUUAAUGGGGAGAGCAAGCAUAUCUCUUUGCAGGAUUUCCUCCGAUCAGGUGAUACAAUUGGGCUGAGCUUGCGCGGGGCUCAGAUGAAGCUGUCGACGUAUCGGGCAUGGCCAAAUAUGCACGGUAACAAGUUUGCUUUGUAUAAAUUGCCAAUGCAGAAGCCAGAGACUGGCAGGGAGUAUGCAGGCUUGUGGGGUGGGACAUUCGGCUGGCCUCCGGGCAGAGCUUCGGAAGAUAAGCCUGGCAAAGCUCUGUUCUUCUUGUUGCUUUCUUAUGAGGAGUCUGAUGGGCAGCUUCUUUUGAUUGCCACUAAGAUAUUAGAGGGAACACAUUAUGUGCUUCACCCCAAUGGGUCUGCUAUGUUCAUUGUUAAGGUUGGAGAGCCAGCAGUGGACCCUUUUCCAUGGGUGAAGGAUGGGGAUUCACACCAAGUGGAAGUGAAGCAUGCUUACAAGGGAGAGGGUAUUGCGAAUGGUUAUGGAUUUCGGUAUCCUGGGUCAAAGCCGGGAUCUUUGUUUGUGACGCAUAAUGGGCUCAUAGCAUUUGUGUGGAGGGAUACCAAGGUGGUCUUGACGUUGGAGAGGUUGAACUUGGAAGAGCUUUUGAAGAAAGGGGAACGAGUGCCUGCACUACCCCCCAUUGCCAACUUUGCCUACCUUACAAAGUCAUACUCAAACGUGUUUGCCGGAUUUCCUAGCAAUCCAACUUAUUCGUCUUAAGCAAGGCAUUACUGAUGGGAACAACUUUUAAAUUAGUUCUUAUUCUAGAAUCAUUUGAGAUUGUCACAAAGGCUCGCCCAAGUUCAGAGUUUCUGAAUUUCCUUUCUUUUCCGAAGAAAAAGAUCAUCAUCAAAUGAUGAAACUUUGCAGUUGUUUGUUAAGAAGAAUCAGAAGGUAUGUUUUGAAAAACUAGUUUGUAUGUACAGUAUUUGUAUUUCAAGUCAUCAUGUGGACUCUAUCCGAUGUUGGAUUAGAAUUAGAAUAAAAUUAUUUUUCUUUAGUUGUGUGUAUCCAUCCGAGAAAGAACAUUUUUUUUUUUCAAGUCACCCGGGAAAAGACAAAGAAACUUCAAAUGGAUAAGUUUGCACGUUUGAACAAA